AUGCCCAUGCUCACGUCUAUUCGCAGCCGCUCAGGCUCUCCCCCGGCCAUGUCCAGCUCUAAGCUUGACAGCCGUACUCCUUUCCCUAAUCAAUCACCUGAGAUUGAUAACAUUCAAUUUCCGCGCUCUUGGGAAGCGGCUUGGGAAGCAGCGGGCCAAACCAACUUUGAGCGCGCGCAAGCUUUUCUGUUCUUCUACCGUGGAGAUGACGCUUCUACCAACAGCGAGCUCCGAUCCAUCGCAGCAAAUCCCAGGCAUCGAGAUGUCGUCUCUCUUGCAGCUUCAGUCCAGCGAAUUGUCUUUGGCAACCGCCACUCGACCUUCAACACAACCUCCCUUUUGCAGUGGAUGCGUUUCGUGCUCAUCAAGAGCCAAGCUCUUACUUCUACCAAGACGAAUGCAGUUCGCGAUUUCUUUUUUGACCCAUCGGUAGCUCGUAACCUACCUCAGCUCCCCCAAGACCCGGUUGUCUAUCAAUACCCAGCAGCCCCUUUGAAAGUCAUGAUCAUUGGUGGAGGUCCCACAGGCCUGGCUUCUGCGAUUGCUCUGGCCGAGAAGGCUGGGGCCAGAGUGGAGGUCCAUCUUUACGAAGGCAGAUGGAUUCAGCAGCCGAGUAGCUCUUUCGUCAGUUACCCACCAGGGGCCCGUCGUCGCGACCAGGUAGUCACGCUCCAAGACACUGUGACAGACUUGAUGAGCGAUAGAACGAGACAAGCUGUCUUUGGCGAGAAUCCAGAGCGUGUUUGGCCUGGUUCCAGCAAUCUCCAGAUCCGCAAGCUCGAAGACGGUCUCUUGCGACGGGCACAAGACAGCCAGUUCCGCGAUCUCAUCUUCCUACAUGCCUCACAGGUCAGACAGGACAAUCUUUCGGAGUACGGCGACUUUCACCUAAUGCUUGGUGCUGACGGCGCUGGUUCUUGGCUUCGCAGUGCUUACUUUCCGGGGCAAGAAGAGGAGGUUGGAAAGAGCUAUGCCCUAGGGCUUGCUUUUGAUCGGCCUCGUGGUCUUUCUUUCUCACAGCCCAUCAACAUCUUCCUCACCAUGGGCCAAACUCGCUACCUCCUCAAUGCCAGCGACUUCGAUGGCACAGGAUAUCUCAAUAUGCAGUUGACCGAGACUGAAUGGCACCAAAUGGUCUCCGUAGAUGGCCAUCCUUGCACAUUCGGGCGACCAAGUUGCCUGAAGAUUGACGGCUGCCUGCCUCAUGGCUUUGAGGAGAACCAGGUCUUUGCACCGUCUCAGCAACCUGACAGCCCGUUGUGGAAGGCGAUACUUGAUGGUCUGGAGCUUUACGGUUUCAAGCAGUGCGAAUUGAAAAACAUUGUUCGCAUCCCCAUUGUUGUACGCAGGAUCAACAAAGCCGUCGAGCAGGUUCCGCAGUGCGAUUCUACAGCCCUGCGCCGACCCCACGGUCUGGUUGCCUUGGCUGGGGAUGCGGCAAUGACGGUGCACUUCUGGCCUGGGAGAGGUGCGAACUCCGGCAUGAAGGCAGGCAUUGCUUGGGCCGAUGAAGUUGCUCGUGCUCUCUUCCACGGCCAAUUCGUUGGUCUUCAGACCUCUUCGCUGGGGAUGUAUCACGACUUUCUGCAAAAGCUCCAAGAGCGGGAGCACGGCGGUCGCAGCUUGCCCAUCGUCAAGCAGACCGGCGAUCCUGAUAUGAUGGCCUGGCUGAUGCGCAACGCUCGACUUAUCCCGCAUCACGUGGCGAUGGAGUGGCUAGUCGGUCAGAUGCGUCGUGAUGGUGUCCGCAUUCAAAGGCGUGCCGACUGGGCUUUUGAGCAGGUUAACAACCUCGAACCGCAGCUUCGGGAGAUCCUCGAGAAGAUGGAUGUCGUUACCAUUCAGGAGAUGGCCGCGACGUUCCCAUGGCCUACGCGGGAAAUGGCCGGGGCCGAAGUCCUUCCGGAGAGGUCUGUAGUUGACGCCUGCUUGAGUGGCCGUAGGCCGACAGGAGUUUCGAAGGUCGAGAAGCAAACAAAAUCGAAAAAGCAAGACAAGAAGAAAAAGAGGGCAGAAAUUUCCGUAUCCGCCUCUGAGAUUUCGCCGGCGUUCUUGGCUAGCUUGGUGACUCAUAACAAACCAGCUCAGCGGUCUUCUUGGCGUUCAUUCAGCUUUAGCAGAACGCCUCAAGCUGUCCAGUCGUAG